UCAUCAACCCGAGUCUCGGGACAGAAAGGGUCAUGGCUGAGACGGUGCGGGGACGGAGGCUGAGCGCCGAGAUCUUGAGCCUGGCCUUGAUGUGAAGAUCAUGCAGAGCCAGCCUCUCGACAGGUUCGUGCGGGCGUACUCCAAAGGGAUAAGCCAACCGUGACAACUGCGGUGGGGACCGUCGGCCGUCGAACCCGAUCAGACGUUCAGAUGGAACCCCAUGCACCUCCCCUUGGUUUUUUUUUUUUCUUCUUGUUUUUUUCGUCCUUUCUUAAGAAUUCGCCUCCCCCUUUAUCGGAUCGGUGGGCAUGCGGCGAUCAGCAAGCCAAAUCCACAUCGCCACCGUUAUGCUAUGAACCCUCUUUUCAUGGUCCGGCGCCACGACCAUGACGAAUUGAGCACACCCCUUCGGGCCCUUCGGGCCCUUCUCCAACGGCCGAAACGCCCAAGACGUCUCCCCCACCCGCCGCGGCUGGGUCGGCUCAGACGAUCGGGCAACGAAUACGCGUACAUGGGUAGGUAUGACGGAUGGGGGGGACGCUGGGACGGGAUCGGCGUAUCUACGGCAAUGUUUUUUAGUCGGUGUCGCUGCCUAGUUAGGUAUAUAAUGCACAUGGUGGAUUCAGGCACCAUCGGCAUUAGUAAGAGCCGUACCCAUCGUUGGGUCCCAUAUAGUAGCAAAUAAUAAACAAGUCAACCACCUUGACCUCGAUGACGAUACCCAGAAAUAGCCGCCCCGCGCUAGUAGCCAAAGUGUGCGCGUUUGCCUGAUCCACUGCUCGAGCUAGCAGCCGAAGAUGAGGAUGACGGGGGUCAUUGAAAGCAGAGAAGUGGUUCCCCCCCAGGCCAUGAGGCUA